AUGACUCAGGGCUGGAGGCUUGUGAAGGAUGCGUUCCUCUCUUCCCAGGGGCUGCGCCACUCUUCUCUUGUGUUUCCCUCCUUUCCAGGCUGCCCCCCUAAGCCUCCUCCGUCCAGGUACCCGUCUCCCCGCCCUUGUCCCAGGCUGGUGCAGAAGGCGGAGCUGGUGCGGCUGUCACAGACGCUGCUGCACGUGAAGGGCCUGCACUGGAUCGUGGUGGAGGACGCGCCGGCCCGGACGCCGCUGGUGUCGACGCUGCUAGCGCAGAGCGGGCUGAGCUUCACCCACCUGCACGUGGAGACGCCGCCCGAGCUGCAGCGCCAGGAGAGUGACCCCACCUGGCUGCGGCCCCGCGGCGUGGAGCAGCGCAACCGCGCCUUGCAGUGGCUGCGGGAGCACAGCCAGCCCAGCGACCCCGGCGUGGUCUACUUCGCUGACGACGACAACACGUACAGCCUGCGCCUCUUUGAGGAGGUGCGGGCCGGGCCAAGUGGCGGCAGGUGUUGGGGUCGCCCGCUGGUGGAGGGGGGCCGCGUGGUAGGGUUCCGGGCGGGCUGGCGCCCCACGCGCCCCUUUGCCCUGGACAUGGCUGGCUUCGCUGUGGCGCUGCCGCUGCUGCUGGCCACCCCCCGCGCCCGCUUCGACCCCCGCGCUGAGCGCGGGUUCCUGGAGAGCAGCCUGCUCAGCGCCCUCGUCUCCCUCGACCAGCUUGAGCCCAAGGCCAACAACUGCACCAAGGUGCUGGUGAGGCACACACGGACAGAGAAGCCCAAGAUGAAGCAGGAGGAGCUGCUGGGUCCUGAGCCUGACAUCGAGGUGUGACCUCCCCCCACAUACACACCUCUCUCCAGCAAGGAACAGAAUCAAUGCCAGUACCAGGGGCUGCUGCUGGAUUUAUUGUGCCCCCCCUUCACCAACAGACACAUGGACACUGCCCCUCUUGGACUGCAGGCACGGUGGAGAGGGUGGGGGGCCGGUUUCUGCUCCUUGGGGGCCCCCCCAUGGAAGUUGAUGAUGCUGAGCUCAAUAAAGCGCCUGCCCCAGU